UAGAGGUCGAGGAGGAGAGAAAAGAGGGCGUCUAUGGACCCGAUAGUCUGGCCAUUGGCGCCGCAAGAGUUGGGGCUAAGACGGAGAAGUUUGUUGCAGGCACAUUAAAGGAGCUCUGUGACAGCGAUGAUGCCCUUGGCCCGCCGCUACACAGUCUGGUACUGCUCGGAAAGAGAGCACACGAGUUGGAAAGGGAUUAUGCGCGAGAGUUCGCUAUCAACAAGGAAACGUGGGAUGGGUUAUGGAAGACGCAUUAUGGACAGCAGUAGAUCACAUCUGUUGUGUCAGGCAUUUGAGCGAUGUUCCAGUCUUGUGGCCUCGGUGGCUUCUAGACUACUUCUUAACUAUCGAAGCUCGCAUGCGACGUACAUAUCAUCGAUACCAGCCUAUCGGCAUGCUCCAAGGUAAGGCGCCGCCUCGCCUAGGCGGCAACGUAUGCCACCGCGUGAUCGCAUGCCUCUUAUGCAGCCUUACUACAGUUACACUAUCCGUUGAAACGCUACUGUACCUUUGCUCCAAGUAUAUUCACCAACAAAUACAGGUAUUUCCGGCUGUCUGCCUUUGGUACAAACUCUCGGCGAGCAAACUUGUUUUGGCCGUCUUGGAAGUAUUCGCAGACACAGAUACUUUCGUCGGCAUCCCCGUAGAUGGCAACCCGUCUACACGCCAAUUCAUUCGCAGCCUGUUUCCCGAGAUGCCUUUGAUUCCUUUGAAAGUCGAGACAGCGCUAUAUGACCUUGUGAUACCGUGUAUUUUUAGGAGGGGUUGUGACAGAAGACAUCUUGCGGACCCGUGCCAGAUGCUGAUGCCGACGCCGAUACCCCAUACGGAUACCCUAUCACUUCGGCUGGGAUAUAUGCCUGAAGAAUUUUGGCGGACGUUCAGGUUUGAGACAAUGCCAUCUUCCUCUCAACUUACGCGUCCCAGCUCUGUCUUGGCCUUGAUGACGAAAGCGAGUUUCAUGACCCUAGAUUCUCAGCAUCCAUCAAUCCUUGACAAUCACUACGAUGAGAUCAGCCACGGCGCUAUAUUGCACCUGACCUCGUUGGUGUAACCUUAUGAAAAGCAAGAUUAUUUUUUUAAUUAUUUUUCAA